UUUAAAACUCGCUCUGCUAGCAGCGGUCUUGCCGCCCAUGUUCCCACAAUCCUCCGCACAUUUCACGCGUGCAAUCAUUGAAAAUGAAUGUAUCCAACGUCAAACCAAGGACACCAGCGUACCAAAUUGAGUGUGGAACUCAGAGCUCAAACGGCUACUUAAGGUACUCGCGCGGUUUCAAGGUUCAGUGAGGAGAAUAGAAACAUCAAAGGCUUUUAAAAUUGUAUCGAUUUUAAACGAUAUGGCAAAAGGAGAGGGUGCGGAGCAAUAUGCCGCGGCAAGUCUAUUACCAACAAAACCAAUAAGUCAAGAUGGAAUCAAAAUUGCCAAGCGGAGGGACAACAAUGGCCGUCUGUCAAUGUGCAGUAAGUUGUGCUAUGCCAUCGGAGGGGCUCCCUACCAGAUCACAGGCAGCGCGCUGGGCUUCUUUCUCCAGAUCUACCUGCUGGAUGUGGCCCAGCUGGACCCAUUAUAUGCCUCUAUCAUCUUGUUUGUGGGCCGGGCCUGGGAUGCAGUGACGGACCCAACGGUGGGCUUCCUGGUUAGUCGGAGCAGAUGGACCAGGUGUGGCCGGAUGAUGCCCUGGAUCCUCAUCUCCACUCCGUUUGCAGUGCUCACCUACUUCCUGAUCUGGUAUGUCCCUCCGGUGGAGCAGGGGAAGGUCCUGUGGUACCUGGUCUUCUACUGCCUCUUCCAGUCUCUGCAGACGUGUUUCCAUGUGCCGUACUCAGCGCUCACCAUGUUCAUCAGCAUGGACCAGAAAGAGAGGGACUCUGCCACUGCCUACCGUAUGACAGUGGAGGUGCUGGGAACAGUGGUUGGCACAGCAAUCCAGGGGCAGAUUGUGGGCGGGGCGAUCGCCCCCUGUCUCCCAGGUGACCUGGAUGUCCUUGACAACGGUAACUCCACACUGCUGGGGUCAGACUUCAACAUCACCCACAUCUCCCUGGAUGAAACGAAACAAGCCUACCUCAUCGCUUCAGCAGUCAUCUGUACCAUGUACGUUCUCUGUGCUGRAGUCCUGUUCCUGGGAGUCAGAGAGCAGGAAGAGUGUGGGCGUCUGAAGACCGAACCCAUGUCGUUCUUUGAGGGCGUGAGGAUGGUGAUGGGAUAUGGGCCGUAUGUCAAACUGGUCAUGGGAUUCCUCUUCACCUCACUGGCUUUCAUGCUCCUGGAGGGGAACUUUGCCCUGUUCAUCACCUACACCCUGGGCUUUAGAAAUGACUUCCAGAACAUUCUGCUGGUCAUUAUGCUCUCUGGGACUUUGUCCAUUCCAUUCUGGCAGUGGUUCCUGAUCCGAUUCGGGAAGAAGACUGCCGUCUACAUUGGCAUCACGUGGGCAGUGCCAUUCAUGAUCCUGAUCYUCUGCAUAGAAAGCAGUCUCAUUGUGGCCUAUGUGGUCUCUGUGGCUGCAGGAGUCAGUGUGGCUGCAGCUUUCCUCCUACCUUGGUCAAUGCUUCCAGAUGUGGUGGAUGAUUUCAAAGUGAAGAAUCCAGACUCUAGUGGCCAUGAGGCCAUUUUCUACUCCUUCUAUGUCUUCUUCACCAAGUUUGCCUCAGGAAUCUCCCUCGGCAUCUCCACCCUCAGUCUCGACUUUGCCGGCUAUGUGACCAGAGGCUGCUCGCAACCCGACGCAGUGAAUUUAACCCUGAAGGUGCUGGUCUCUCCUGCUCCUGUUGUUCUGAUAUUCCUGGGGCUGUUUAUAUUCAAGACCUACCCAAUCGACGAGGAGAGGAGGCAAGGCAACCAGAAACUACUGCAGGAGAUGCGGGAGAACGAUCAGGAUUCCGAGACAGAGUCCACAGAGCUUGGGAGCGUUGUAUAGGAGCCCCGGGAGAGAAGGGCGACCAACCAAAAGGCCACCGCUGUCCCGCGUGUUUGCAUUGGCAGGCUGGAGUGAUGAGGCCACUGGGGAGGCUGGACAGAGUUUGUGAGUGUUGGGUUUAGCUGGACUAACGGAGGAGAAACCACAGACCACACUACUGCUACAUGAACACAAUGGCCCUAGUCUCCACAGGAUUCCACAGGUUACAGAGACCCCUAGUGGACAUUCUGAGUCAUCGCUCUCUGUAGAGUACCUACUGUACUGUACUAUGUAUGUGAUUUGUGGUACUGGUUUAUCUGUUUUUGUUUGUUUACAUGAGAAACAUUAGUUGGGUAAAUGCAUGAUUAACAAUCCCAAUCAAAUUCAAGAUUUCUUUGAGAUGUUUGUCUACGUGAACCAAGGAUAUUAGGUCAAAGGGUGGGAAAGCUUUCUCUGCACUAAAACAAGACUUUCCAAUCAGCAAGAUGGUCCUCAUAGAGGGAAGCAUUAAUUUUUUGGGGGCAUAUCAGUAACUGCACUGGAUAUAUAUGGUUAUUUACAACAAUAAAAAAUAAUUUCAAGAGGAUAGUACUCCUCUUUAGGGAUGUGGAGAGCACAUAACUGUUACAAUCGUAUCCACUGGAAUUAUAUUUGUGUCUCAUGGGGAAAAGAAAAAAGGAACCUUGUAAAAAAAAAAACUCUAACCUUAAUGAACUCAUUAACAUUGCCAAUAAUGUGUCUGGAUUUCAGACUUACUAUAGCUAGGCUAGCUGAAUUCCACCUUAUAAUUGCUGGCUUAACAGCGCGGCUUGUAGAGUUGUACUUUGUAAACCUUGUUGUCGCAAUGAGAUUUUCUGUACAAGUUUGAACUAAAUUCUAUUUGGUCAAAGUUGAUUCUCCCCCAUGAUACUAAGACUUUCCUUAAAAAGCAGUCUUUCUUGGUGAGUCCAAAGGCUAAUGGGGAGACUAACAACAUAUCUCACGCCUAACUUAAUGUUUGAUGCCUUCAACUGUAUGUACAUCUUAGAGGCCAUCUUGGCCCAAAGCACAGAAUCUUCACUAACUAUUUAAAACUAGUGUCAGUUGAGGCUGUGUCCUGAUCUUAUGCUGUGUGCAAUGUGACCAACAAUCAGUUUAAUGUCUGUACUCUUGUAUGAAUCUUUUUGAUCAGACCAAAGCCAAGAAUUCUAUUUAUCAGACAAAUCAAAAUUCAAAACUCAAAUGUUUUUUUACUCUUGAAUGUCACAAGUACUGUAAUAUUGAACAACCUUGACAAAUCCUAAGCAGUAUCUAGAUAUCUAAAAACAUUAUUUUCUUUGGGUAGUAGCCUACAAUGGGUACAUACCCUCUUAGAUGUAAAAUCCCCUAUUUAGGUGACCUGCGUGGUUCUGGGACAUUUUCGCUUGUAAAUUGAUCUGUUGACACCGUAGAUCGAAAURACUUGCAUUGUUGAGCGAUGGCCCUUGUUCCCAGGGACACAGUAGCCUGUGCAACAUAGGAUGUCAAAUCUGAAACCACUAAAAGCUGGGAUGUCCCUCCUACCAUUUCAUUUGCUCUUCUGAGUGUCUAACUCCUGCCUGAACCCUACAUCACAGCCACUGACAAAGCACAUACCUGCCAUCCUUACAUCGUAGCGCAGCAGGAGACAGUGGUUUCAUCACUAUUGCACAUUCAGAGAUCGAUUUAUAGCCAUUCAUCUAAAAUAAUUCAUAGAUUUUAAACCAGUACACUGUCAUAGAUGGACAAGAUUAAUAUGAGAUGAAAGGUGCUUUCCUAAUGAGUUCAGGAAGUCAAGCUAGAGCUCUGUGUGAUCACAGCUGUGGGGGCAGAGAGACCUUUAGAAAAUAUGCCGUUUCUCACACUAAACAUACAAAUAUGUAUUUUACAGUUAUGAGGAAGGUAAAAUCUUAGUUAUUGGUUUUAUAAUUUGAUUCUACUGUAUAAAGCAUAUGUCAUUUCAAGCUUUAUUCAUACGGUUUUGUUGAAUAGUAAAUGUCAUAAAAUUACAUUUUCAGCCAAAAUGUACUUGCGCUUGUGUCCUCAAAAGUGACUACACCUCAGCAUUUAAAAAAUAAUUUUUGUUGUAAAUUUCCAGAAAGUUGAGAUUUUAAAAUUUUCUUGGAGUAUGCAGCAUUACUAGUUUUUGUUUAUGGUCCUUGAAUGAUGAAUAAUUACUUUUGGGGAUUGUGUAGGUUACAUUAAGUUACAUUACAUUAUUGUUUAGAUUACAUUAAGAGGUUUUUAAGAGCUUUCUCCAAUGUGCUCCUCACUCCAGUAUGGUGCUGUUUUGGUGUACAUGUUUUGUGUAUAUAUUGUAUGUAAAUUGUAAAUAUGUUUGAAACUGGAUAAAGGUUACAGCACUGACAGCUGCUAAAACAUAUGUACAUUAAUAAAAUGACAUUGGUGUAACUCAGGAAUAAUUUC